UUUGGACACCCUGAAGUUUAUAUUCUUAUUCUACCAGGAUUCGGUAUAAUUUCCCACAUUAUUAGACAAGAAAGAGGAAAAAAGGAAGCUUUUGGUACCCUAGGAAUAAUUUAUGCUAUAAUAGCAAUUGGUCUUUUAGGAUUUGUAGUUUGAGCUCAUCACAUAUUUACAGUAGGAAUAGACGUUGACACUCGAGCCUACUUCACAUCAGCUACUAUAAUCAUUGCUGUUCCUACAGGAAUCAAAAUUUUUAGUUGAUUAGCAACCCUUCACGGAACACAACUUAAUUACUCCCCCUCAAUAUUAUGAGCCCUAGGCUUCGUAUUUUUAUUUACAGUGGGGGGACUAACUGGAGUAGUACUAGCUAAUUCAUCCAUUGAUAUUAUACUUCAUGAUACAUAUUACGUUGUAGCCCAUUUCCACUAUGUUCUUUCUAUAGGAGCAGUAUUUGCAAUUAUGGGAGGUUUGGUUCACUGAUUCCCUCUAUUUACAGGAACUACCUUAAAUCCUAAGCUAUGUAAAAUUCAAUUUAUUACUAUAUUUGUAGGAGUUAACAUUACAUUUUUUCCUCAACAUUUUCUAGGAUUAAGAGGUAUACCCCGCCGAUACUCGGACUAUCCUGAUGCCUAUACCAUGUGAAAUAUUGUUUCUUCUAUCGGAUCAAUUAUUUCUUUUAUUGGAGUGAUAUUCCUAAUCUUUAUUAUUUGAGAAACAUUCUCAGCAUCUCGAAAAACCCUAAUUCCCCUAAACAUAACAUCAUCAAUUGAAUGAUUCCAAGACUAUCCCCCUGCCGAGCAUAGAUAUUCUGAACUUCCUAUACUAUCCUCAUCUUUCUAAUAUGGCAGAUUAGUGCAAUGGACUUAAACCCCAUAUAUAAAGUUUAAACUUUUUUUAGAAAUAGCAACAUGAAAAUUAUUAUUGUUACAAGAUAGAGCAUCUCCCCUAAUAGAACAACUAUCAUUCUUUCAUGAUCAUACCCUUCUAAUUCUAGUAAUUAUUACAAUUCUAGUAGGACAAAUAAUAUCAGGCCUAUUUUUCAACAAAUUAACCCAUCGAUUUCUUCUCGAAGGACAAUUAAUUGAAAUUAUCUGAACCAUCCUACCUGCCAUCACAUUAAUUUUUAUUGCACUUCCCUCCUUACGACUAAUCUACAUUCUAGACGAAACUAACAACCCCACAAUCUCAAUCAAAACCAUUGGUCAUCAAUGAUACUGAUCAUAUGAAUACUCAGAUUUCAAAAAUGUUGAAUUCGAUUCAUACAUAAUUCCCUCUCAAGAAAUAAAUAACUUCAAUUUUCGACUAUUAGAUGUUGACAAUCGAAUAGUAAUUCCCUUUAUAUCACAAAUUCGAAUAAUCGUUUCGGCAGCGGAUGUAAUUCACUCAUGAACAAUCCCAUCCUUAGGAGUAAAGGUAGAUGCAACCCCUGGACGACUAAACCAAGCUAGAUUUACUUCCACUCGAUCUACUCUUCUCUAUGGACAGUGUUCAGAAAUUUGUGGACCAAACCAUAGUUUUAUACCAAUCGUUGCAGAAAGAAUUUCUCCCGCAUACUUUAUUAAAUGAAUUUCCAAAAUAAUUGAAAUCU